AUGUCCCUACAUUUGAACCGGCCGGAACCCGUGGGACCAAAAAACAAAAAGCGCCAGUUUUUGGGCUUUAUUCUGGACACCUUCGCUGCGAAAACUAAAGGAGAGACCGCAAAGCCGCUGAGGAUCAAGAGAGGGUCGACGGAGCUCUGGCGCCCGGUUUUGAAGGAGUUUGAACGGGCAUUGGUGAGCAAGGGCCCAGAUUGGACGUCCCCGGAGGCGGCGCAUCUCCGAGCGAAAGUGCAGCAAUUGCUUACAGACUUGGAGGCUUUUGGGAAGACCUUUGGCUUUUGGGGCAUCCGCAGAUACAGCCCUUGGUCGUUGGUGGUUUAUGAUGACGGCUAUGUAAGUAGGAAUGCUGAGAAACUGUGCGCAAGUCUGAAAGCUGUGAAAGAGAAGGUUGCGGCAGCGGAUAAAGAAGCGGCACAGGUGGCGCUGGAAGCGAAGAAAGAGCCCAUCAAGGCGUCCCUCAAGCUGGCGCCUUGGGAAGUGAACUGA